UUCAGACAAUCAUAUUGAAGUCUGAAACUUCUCUUCUCGAAGCCAGAAGUCUAUACCAACAGAGGGAUGGAUUCAGUCCAACGUAGAAUUCUGGCAAUGAUGACGAAUGCACUGAUGCAUCUCGUCAAGGAGGUUUUUGGAGGCGAUGAAUUGGAGAAGUUCUUCAACAUUCUUUGCAAAAGAGAUGGCACUGCCUGGAGAACUUCACUGCUGAGGCUGGUGUUGAUUGAAUUGAUACCAAUUUUAGGUGGAAAUGUCCUGUUCUACUUGUACAAGAUGUUAAUUCCUCUAUCUUUUGAUUCACUUGUGGUCCGGCCUGUGGUCCGCUGGACUUUGGUGCAUGUAAUCAAGUACUGCGUUAAGUCUUGGGUUGAAGCCUAAAGGUGGAGAGGAUCAUAUAUUAUAGAGGCAAAACCUCUGAUAAAAUAGCUUUAAUAUAGAGCACUGAUUUUC